GCGAGACACGUGACCGUAACGGUCAACGAAUGGCACAUGUUAUAGAGUAACCAUGUGCCAAAGCAGUAAAUUAGCAGUAUUAUAUAUACAUACAUAUAUGUAGUAGAAUAUGGCUAGGAGAAAAAAGAAGAAAUCGUUGGCUCAUUUUUUAAGAAAAUAUUUUAUUAAAAAGAAAGGCGAAAAGGGUGUUAAAGAGAAAAUUGUAGAGAGCAAUGUAGAAGUCGAGGUAUCCGAAUCAGAAACGGUAGAAACUGAAGAAACAACAAGUGCCAAUCAACCUCAGGAAGAAGAAUCAGUAAUCAAUCACAAGGACGACUCUACAGUAUCAAAUUAUGGUUCCUUCAAAAUUGAAGACAUCCCUUUAAGGAUGCACAAUGAAAAAAGGAAUAUGAAUACAAUUGUGACAAUACCCAAUAGAAGAGGAUCCCUUUUUAAUGAUGGAGAGAAGAAAAUUGGUUUGGAAUUAACUAAUUUCGUGUUAGUUUAUGAAGAGAAGAAAUCGCAAAAAGAUCAAAAAAUCGAAGAAUGGCGUCGAAGGUUCGAAUCCAAUCUAAGAAAUUCUGGUUUAGAAAUGGAAGAGGAAGUGAUGGAGGGUGAGAAAAAUAUUCAUUUUAUCAAAUUAAGUACUCCUUGGCAUCUUCUGAUAGACUAUGCAGAAGAAUUAUGCUUUAGGGCUCCUUUACAAGUAAACCCGAACACCACGAUGAACUGGAGCGAGAGAAUUCUGAAGAAAUUACACAUACUAAAUAUAUGCAGCAUAUCAAUUCCUAAUCAACCUCCAGAUUACUACACGUGCGCCUUUAAAAAAUCGAAAAUGGAGAAAUUUCUAGGUAUAGAAAAUAGAGAAGAGUUCUUUACUUCGGUACAGAGGAGUCAAGUAGUGAAUGAAAUAUUAAAAAAUAUCGUUUAUGGUAAAAGAAGCAAGGGAGAAGUUGGAAUCGAACGUUUAGUAGAGGAGAAUGUAUAUACUGAUGCCUUUCCAUUACACGACGGUCCUUACGAACUUCCUGAAGAAUAUCAGCCCAAAGAUCUGAAUAGACGCCAAGUUUUAUAUGAAUAUUGGGCCAAAUGGGGAAGAUGGUACAAGUAUCAACCUUUGGAUCACAUAAGGGAAUACUUUGGAGAGAAAAUUGCCAUUUACUUUGCAUGGUUGGGUUUUUAUACUGCUUGGCUACUCCCAGCAUCGGUAGUCGGACUUUUGGUUUUCCUGUACGGAGUGUGCACCAUACAAAGUGAUCUGCCAAGUAAUGAAAUUUGUCAAAGUGGUAAGCAGUAUCUAAUGUGUCCAUUAUGUGAAGAGAGACAACCAGGGUGCAAGUAUUGGCAUCUCAGUGAUACUUGCAUCUUUGUCAGAAUUGGUUAUCUGUUUGAUCAAGCUGGAACCGUUUUCUACUCCAUAUUCAUGGCAUUUUGGGCGAUAGCAUUCUUAGAAUAUUGGAAGAGAAAAAGCAUAUCUUUAGCUCAUCAUUGGGACUGUAUGGAUUUUGAAGAAGUGGAAAGGCCACGUCCAGAAUUCGCAGCCAAAGCUCCUCUAAUCUUACGAAACGCCAUUACAGGUACCAAAGAACCAGCUUUUCCAACAAGUAAACGAUUCAUACGUUUAACUGCGGGUGUAGGGGUCUUAUUGUUCAUGGUCAGUCUAGUCGUGGUGUUCGUGUUUGCAGUGAUCGUGUACCGUCUCCUCGUAUCGAUACCACUCUUUCAGUACAAACCAUUUCGCGGUAUGGCACCCGUUAUCGCUAGCUUAUCGGGAGCGUGCAUCAAUCUGUUAUUCAUCAUGAUCAUGGGAAGAAUUUAUGAAAACAUCGCUUUAAAACUGACAGAAUGGGAAAUGCACAGGACCCAGACAGAAUUCGAGAACAAUUUGACAUUUAAAGUAUUCCUUUUUCAGUUUGUCAACUUUUAUUCCUCCAUUUUCUAUAUUGCAUUCUUCAAAGGAAGAUUUUCGGGAUACCCCGGUCAUUACCAUAAAAUAUUCAAUUUGAGAUUGGAAACUUGUGGCAAUAACGGUUGCUUUAUAGAACUAGCGCAGCAAUUAGCUGUUAUCAUGAUAGGGAAGCAGAUAAUUAAUAACGCACAGGAAAUUAUCAUACCAAAAAUUAAAACAUGGUGGCACAGAAGAAAAACCAAAUUAUGCAAGCAGAACAGAACAGAAAACACUUCACAAUGGAACCAAGAUUACCGCAUGAUAAAAUGCGAAGGAUUAUUUCAAGAAUAUCUAGAAAUGGUUCUUCAAUUCGGCUUCAUCACCAUCUUUGUUGUGGCAUUUCCUCUGGCUCCUCUCUUUGCUCUGUUAAACAAUUGGGUAGAAAUACGUCUGGAUGCUCAUAAAUUUGUAUGCGAAACGCGUAGAAGUGUAGCAGAACGAGCUCAGAAUAUUGGGAUUUGGUAUACGAUCCUUCAAGUUUUGGCUCAUUUAGCGGUCAUCAGCAAUGCAUUUCUGAUAGCGUUUACGUCAGAGUUUCUACCGAAAUUACUCUAUUCUUAUAACAAUAACAGCUUGCACGGUUUUGUUAAUUAUACCUUGGCCUACUCACCUGAAGGUAGUAUGAACACAACGUGUAGGUAUACAGCUUAUAGAGAUCCCAAAGGCAAUUUAACUACAUUCUAUUGGGAGUUAUUAGCAAUUAGACUCGGCUUUGUCAUCGUGUUCGAACACGUAGUCUUUGGUAUAUGCCGCCUGAUAGAUGUUCUGGUUCCUGACAUUCCCGAAUCUUUAGAAAUAAAGAUAAAACGUGAAAGAUACUUAGCAAAACAAGCAUUGACUGAAUCGGAAGCCAUUUUGAAUAUAACCAUGGGCGAAGAUGAAGAAGAAUGCAAGUUAUAAUUAAGAAUAUAUUUUUAUACACAAAUAAUAAUAAUAAUUAUUAUUUUUUACAAAAUGUAUUGUUUAUUAAUUCUAAGAUUUACUGUUAAAAAAUGUAUGUAAAAGUACCGUUUUUAUGU